AUGUCCCGUGGCAUCACCCAAGAUGACGAGGCCGAGGAUUGGGGCCAAGGCCGAGGCCAGUCGUCCAGGGCCUUCAUGGAGGAGCUCUGCGCCAACCUCGGCGGGUACCGCGCGUUCCUUCAUCGCUUGGCCCUCCAGUAUUUCGGCUGGUGGCUGGCGAUUGCGCUGGUGCCUGCGGUCUUUUUGGACCACCACAGGUGUGAGGCGAGCAUGCCCUACCUGGCCUGGUUCUUGUACGGCGCAACGGUGCUGGCGAUGUUGGUCAUGGCGCUUCUGCUGGAACUGGCCAUGGUGCAACGGCUUGGUCUUCUGCAGGCAGGGGAGUUGCAUCAGCUCUUGCAGGACAAGUGGCGGCGGCCGCUGGCCUCCACGGUGCUCUGGAAGCUGGACUCGUACACCGACGUGGCCUUCAUCUUUAUCGCCCGCGACUGCGGCUCCUCGCUCUGGUGGGCGUCGCUGGCGGCAGUCAUCUUCUGUGCCGUGUUCUGCCAGAUGAUCUUCAACACCUGCUUCGCCUGCUCCGACUGCGAUGGGGAGCUGCCGCCCUCCUUCGGCUUCGUUCUCUUCGACUUCAAGCUGGUGAACACGGCGGUGCGCUCGGUGGUGCCCUUCGACCCGGACGCCUCGGAUUUGCCCGUGGCGAAGCCGGUGACCCUCCGGUCCUCCGCAAGCCUCGUGGGCCUGGAGAAGGUGGUGGGGGACGUGGCGCAGGUUUGCAUUCAGUCGCUGUUCCUCAUGAGCGCCACAGCUCCGCACGGCUUCGUGAUCUUCAGCAUCGCGGUGGGCGCCUUGAACGGCGGCCUCUCCAUCCUGCUGAUUGUACAGGACGCCGUGCGACAGGAGUGGGCCGUGCAGGCCAACGAGCUGGAGCAGGGCACCGUCCUUGCGAAGCCCAGCCCAGGUGCCCUCCACGAGGGCCCCAGCACCGAGAUGCCCACGCUGCCGCUAGACAAGUCCGACAUGGCAGAGGCCGAGGAUCGCGAGGAGAAGCUGCAAAAGGUGCAGGAGAAGCUGGAGCAUCUCAUGUCCAGGGAGAACCUCCAGGAGGACAGCUUCAUCCAGAUGAACAUGGAUGCCCAGAUGCAGAUCCCCAUCUGCAUUUUGGCCGGCCACGAGCAGUUCGAGCAACUCCAGGCCGUGGAUGUCGCCACACUCUACGACGCCGCGCUUCGAUCACAGUCGGUGCUGGUCGACAAGGCCAACAUGCAGCUGAAGCCGGUGAUCAAGAGCAAGCGGAACACGGUGAUCCUGCACGACCUGGCCGAGGGCAUCCCCUUGGAGGAGCCUGCGAUACGGGGAGACCUGAGCCAGGAGAACCGGGCCCAACUGGGCCGGCUUCUUUUCGGGCGGGAAAAAUCGAGGUUCCGGGGCUUGUUCUUCCAGCUGGGAGAUGGCCUUUGCCCCGGUGAGCGGGUGCACGUCUGGAGCGCCUCCGCCCAAAGGUGGUUCGACGACGGCGAGGUGCAGGCGGUGGGAGCGGAUGGCUCCGCCGUGGUGCGCUUCAACAACGCGCGGCCCGCGGCCAAGGAGGUGCCGCAGCGGCUGGUGGCCAAGGUGCUGCGGCGCCGGAAGCCAAAGGACGCCAAGGGCCUUCUACGGCAGGCCAUCGGUACUGGCGCGGGGCCGCAGGACGCAGCCCGAAGGCUGCGGGACACGCUGGCAAGGCUAAAGGCCGAGGGCAGCGAGAUGAAGCUGCCUGUCAGCAACUCGAGGAACUUUGGGCUGCAGGACUUGGCUUCCUGGCUCUACGGCAAGGCUGCCAACCGGGCUGCAAGCGCUGCGGACGCACCUGUACAGCUUUCGGAGGCUGCCCACCGGGCUGCAAGCGCUGCGGACGCACCUGUACAGCUUUCGGAGGUCCUAGAUGCACCUGUGCAAGCCGAGGGCAUCUUCUCUGGCUGCGUGAUUCUCGUCUGGGCAGGGGGAACAGCCAUGUCCCUGACCCGGAAGCGCUUGCUUGAGGCCCGGGUCCGCGAGUGCGGGGGCCGCAUUGCAGAGACCUUCGGUGGCGAAGUGACCCACCUGGUGGUAGGCAUGCAGCUCCCGAGGACUGGCCUUCACUUUGAGGCCGGUGGCUGCUUCAAGGUCACGGACAGCUGGCUCUGCGAGAGUUUGCUGCUGGGCAAGCGCCUUCCGGAGCAGCGCUACCUUUGGCGGCCCUUGAGCGAGGAGGAGCAGACCAGCCAGGCGCAAGGAGGUGUGAAGGAGGAGGCCAGCCAAACGAAGAGGUCCUCCCGCAAGCGGCGCCGUGAAGAGGGGAAGGAGCCAAAUCCGGAGGUGCCGAGUGACCUCUCCUUGGCAGAUUUCCGUGCCAAGAUUGUGGAGGAGUUCCGAACCUGCGCCGCUGCAUGGGCCGUGCGCGGGGACAAGUGGCGGUCCUGGCAGUAUAAGAAGGCAGAGAAUCUCGUGGCGCAAGCGCGGGGCAGGCUUGACGCAGAGGAGCUGCGGCGACUGGGCCUCACCCCGAAGUUCGUCGAGAAGUGCCGGGAGAUCCAGAAAACGGGCUGUCUGGAGCAGGCGGAGGCCUUUCGAAAGGAUGGCGACAUUCACGCCCUGCUCGAGAUGACCAGGAUCCAUGGAGUUGGUCCUGCUUUGGCACAGGCUUGGCUGAGGUGCGGGGUCCGAUGCAUCGCGGAUGUGCGCCAGCGCGCGGACACGCUCCCGGGGACUGCCUCGGGGCCCGCCACAGGUCUCACCAAGGUCCAGCGUCUGGGCCUGCGCUUCGUGGAGGACUUCCAGGUACCCAUCUCCAGAUCAGAGGUGGAACGAAUCUGCGCCACCGUCAUCCAGCGUGCUGAGGCGUCCGGCCAGAGCUCCCGGCUGGUGCCCUGUGGAGCAUACCGCCGGGGCGACGUGCUCUGCUCGGGCGUUACCCUAGUCGUGAGCUUCCCCGGCGACGGCCCUGUAGUGACGGAUGCGGGCAGCUACCUCCAGGCGAUGGAGGGCAUCGUUGUGGCGGACUUGAGUGGCGCAAGUAUCGCCGCUCCAACGAGGGUGCCGGGAGACGACGACCCUGCCCUCUCUGCACAGGCCUGCCUUUGCGUUGUCCGUGGCAGCCCCUCGGAGGCGGAGCCGAUGCGGUACAGGCGCUGUGACUUCGUGUUCUGCCGCGACGCCUCGCUGCCCUUUGUGACCCUCCAGUGGACUGGAAGCGACGGCGGCCUCUUCAACAGGGAGAUGAAGCGCAUCGCGGCUCUGCGGGGCCUGCACCUCUCGAACACCUACAUUUGCAAGGCGGACCGCACCGCGCAAGGGCGGCAGGUGGGCGAGAUCACCCGCGCGGGCGCGAAGAUACUGUGCAAAGACGAGCGGGAAAUCUUCGAGAUGCUGAACCUGCCUUAUAGGCCGCCGGAGCGCCGGGAGGUGGACGCUGAGCUGCUGGAGGCGGUGGAGGAGGCCGCCAGGCAGGCGCCAGAGGCGUUGCGCUUGGUGAAGAUGGAGCUAGCAUCAUAG